CUCGCAUAUGUCGUCUGUGUCUGAAAAUUCCGUAAGAGCCAGUAUCAUGAGUACUCGACUACUGUUGUCAAAAGACGCCCUGUACUGCUCUGACGGCCCGAAAGCUAGCUUACACCAUCGACACGAAAGCUUUUGGUGUUGAUCUCUUAAGACUCGGCUAAAACACGUUGGCCCCGAACUGCCGUGGUGACAUACUGUAUAUAUACCUGUACAUACCCUCCUCUCCCCUCUGUCUCGUCACAACGACCAAAUGCAGCCCCAACUCCUCCUCCUGUUCGUACUAAUCGUCUUUUCGACGAUCCAUCAAGGCUUCACUCAACCCGUGGCCCGGAGCAAGUGCACGUCGACCCAAGAGAGCAAGAGUGCACUGCAAAAGCGAGGUACCUGCUUCUCUUCCAAUAGCAAAGAUAGUGAGUGGCUUUCUCCCUGUCAGUCUUUCCCCAGACGUUCCUUAGGUUUCACUGACGCAAGGACGUCUCUUUAGAACCCGUCGACGGCUCUGGUGCCGGCGUUGUAAGAGGGACCGAUGCCGGUGUCGCUGGAGGUUCUGGCAUCUCUCCCACUCCCAUUGACAUAUCUUCCACUCAGAGUUCGACGGAUGUUGUAGGUGGUUCUCCUCGCCGCUCGGAAACUCGCCCGGUCUAUGGAAACGAGGAAGUAUGGAGGAG